AUGAUCUCUGCUGGUGCUUUAUCACCUAAAAAACCAUUAAAUUUAUUAGACAAGAUAGAAAGACAAUUCGAUAUCGCCUUAGAUAAUUUGAAUAUUGACAGCAGUAAGUCUCUGGGUGGAAUUUUUAAAAAAGAAUCAGCUUCGGAGAACAUCCAUUUAGAAACCUUUAAUAAUAAUAGUAGUAUAAUGCGCACCUCAUCUGGAGAUAUUGAUUCCAGUAGUCCACUAUUGAAUUCUAAUAAUAAUGAAUCGGCAGGUGAGAAUGUUGCUGAUGCUAUAAACCAGAAUAAUUCUCAAAGUUUUUAUAGCAAUGCAAAGAUUAUAAGAUUAUUAACGUUCCUCAAAAUGAAAAUAAUCCCAAAAAAACGUAGAUCAAUGAAAACAUCAGUCAAAUUAAACGAGACUAAUGUGGAUAGAGAGAUCUAUCCAGAUAAGACACCUAUAUAUGAUAGAAAAAAAUAUCCAUCAAAUGAAAUUUCCAAUGCGAAAUAUCAUCCUUUAACAUUUAUCCCUAUAUUGUUAUAUGAACAAUUCAAGUUUUUCUUUAAUUUAUAUUUUCUUCUAGUUGCAUUAUCACAAUCAAUUCCUGCAUUAAGAAUUGGUUAUUUAUCAUCAUACAUCGUCCCAUUGGCUUUUGUUCUUACAGUAACAAUGCUUAAGGAAGCAUUGGAUGAUAUUAAAAGAAGAAGACGUGAUAAAGAAUCAAACAACGAACUAUAUCAGGUUCUAAACAAUAUCCAACCGGUAAAGAGCAAAGAUUUAAAAGUUGGUGAUUUGAUUCAACUUAAAAAGGGUGAAAGAAUACCUGCCGAUCUUAUACUUUUGCAAUCUACUGAACCUUCCGGAGAGGCCUUUAUCAAAACAGAUCAACUAGAUGGUGAAACUGACUGGAAACUAAGAAUAUCCCCUCCAUUGACUCAAAAUUUAACAGAAGAAGAUUUAUUAAAUAGAAUUAGCAUUACUGCAUCAGCCCCAGAAAGAUCAAUUCAUUCAUUUUUAGGGAAAGUCACAUAUAAGAACUCAACUUCGGCACCAUUGUCAAUAGAUGCAACCUUAUGGGCCAAUACAGUGUUAGCGUCGAGCGGAUCUUGUAUUGGGUGUGUCAUUUAUACUGGUAAAGAUACAAGACAAGCAAUGAAUACCACCAAAGCUAGUGUGAAAGUCGGUUUAUUAGAAUUAGAAAUUAACUCUAUUUCGAAAUUUUUAUGUGCAUCGGUGUUCGUAUUAUCAAUACUUUUAGUCGUAUUUGCUGGUACUAACAAUCAUGAUUGGUAUAUCGAUAUUAUGAGAUAUUUGAUUUUGUUUUCAACCAUUAUACCUGUAUCAUUAAGAGUAAACCUUGAUUUAGCAAAAUCGGUAUACGCUUACCAAAUUGAGCAUGACAGCACUAUUCCAGAUACAGUAGUAAGAACUAGUACUAUUCCUGAAGAUUUGGGUAGAAUUGAAUAUUUACUGAGCGAUAAGACUGGUACUUUAACUCAAAACGAUAUGCAAUUGAAAAAAAUACACCUGGGUUCAGUGUCUUACAGUUCUGAAACUUUUGAUAUUGUUACAGAUUAUGUUAAACAGCUGACUUCCGAAACAAAGAAAGUUAGUUCUUCACGUAAAGACAUGGCGAGUCGUGUAGGUGACAUGGUACUAACAUUGGCAUUGUGUCAUAAUGUUACUCCAACCCUUGAAGACAAUGAAUUAACUUAUCAAGCAGCAUCUCCAGAUGAAAUUGCUAUUGUGAAAUAUACCGAAUCUGUUGGGCUAUCCUUAUACAAAAGAGAUCGUCAUUCCAUAUCAUUAUUACAUGAGAGUACAGGGAAACUACUAAAUUAUGAAAUAAAACAAGUUUUUCCUUUUAAUUCAGAUACUAAACGUAUGGGUAUUAUCGUAUAUGAUAAGGAAAAAGAUGAAUAUUGGUUUUUAGAAAAAGGUGCCGAUACAGUUAUGAUUAAAAUUGUGGAAAGAAAUGAAUGGUUAGAAGAAGAGACUGGAAAUAUGGCUCGCGAAGGUUUGCGUACUUUAGUCAUUGGAAGAAAAAAGUUAUCAAAAGAAACUUAUGAAAACUUUGUAAAAGCUUACGAGACUGCAGGUUUAUCAAUGGUUCAUAGAGAAGUAAAAAUGAGUGCCAUGAUAACAGAAUAUUUAGAAAAGGAUUUAAACUUGUUAGGUUUAACUGGUGUCGAAGAUAAACUACAAAAGAAUGUUAAGCCAUCAAUUGAAUUAUUAAGAAAUGCUGGUGUUAAAAUCUGGAUGUUAACUGGUGAUAAAGUAGAAACUGCUCAUUGUGUGUCGAUAAGCGCAAAACUUAUUUCAAGAGGACAGUAUGUGCAUACUAUUACCAAAUUAACCGAUCAGGAGGGUGCAUUAUCACAUUUAGAGUACUUGGAAAUCAAUAAAAAUGCGUGUAUGCUGAUAGACGGUACAUCAUUAGGAAUCUUUUUAAAGUACUAUAAAAAAGAAUUUUUGAAUAUUGCAGUACGUUUACCUGCCGUUAUUGCAUGUAGAUGUACUCCCCAACAAAAGGCCGAUAUCGCAUUGGAUAUAAGAGCUUUAACUGGCAAAAGAGUUUGCUGUAUCGGUGAUGGUGGUAACGAUGUCAGUAUGAUUCAAUCUGCCGACGUUGGUGUUGGUAUUGUCGGAAAAGAAGGUAAGCAAGCGUCUUUAGCUGCUGAUUUUUCCGUUACACAGUUCUGCCAUUUAACUGAAUUACUGUUAUGGCAUGGUAGAAAUUCCUACAAAAGAUCGGCUAAAUUAUCACAAUUUGUAAUGCAUAGAGGUUUGGUGAUAGCGAUAUGCCAAGCUGUCUACUCAAUUAGUUCCAGUUUUGAACCGAUUGCUUUAUACCAAGGAUUUUUGAUGGUUGGUUAUGCCACUUGUUACACCAUGGCACCUGUAUUUUCGUUAACACUUGACCAAGACAUUGAGGAAUCUUUAACAAAGAUAUAUCCUGAACUAUACAAAGACUUAACAGAAGGUACUAGUUUAUCUUAUAAAACCUUUUUUGUGUGGGUAGCUCUGUCAUUAUUCCAAGGUUCAAUAAUUCAACUACUUUCACAGAAAUUUACAAGUCUUGAAACUGUAGAUUUCAGUAAGAUGGUUACUAUUAGUUUCACUGCUUUAGUAAUCAAUGAACUAAUUAUGGUUUCAUUGGAAAUUUAUACCUGGAAUAAGAUAAUGGUUAUAGCAGAGGUUGUUACAUUUAUAGGGUUUGUUUUCUCCAUACCUUUCCUGGGAGAAUAUUUUGAUUUUAGUUAUAUGUUGCAAACCUCAUUUUUAACUGGAUUAAUGGCUAUUUUAUGUUUCUCUAUCUUUCCAGUUUGGGCUGCAAAAAGUAUUUAUAGAAGAUUGCACCCACCAAGUUAUGCUAAAGUACAACAAUUUUCCUUUGUAUAA